AUUUUGUCAAUGCUGUGUUCUGCACAGAUCUUUCUUCUUGGAGCUUGAUUAACGCUUCAGUUAUCAAAAAUUCCAGAUUUCUAUUUCCAGAGUGCUCCAUAAAGCAUGAUUUACGCUUUCAUCCCGUCCCUCAAAAGACAACGGUGACACCCGACAACGAGAACAUACGACUGGAACCUUCAUCAGAUCCCAAUUUGCGCGGAUAGGGCAUGCUGGAGCGUACGGCAGGAUGUCUAGAAUCAGGCAGUCUGCGGCGCCUGCUCCCAACACCGAAGAAGUCCCUGAAGAGUCGCCGUACACUUCACUCGAGUUUCUGGCACCACGGGGCAGGUGACAUCGAACUCUCUCCGCUGUGGGCAGCUUUGGUUCGAGCAACUGAGCCUGUGGAUCAACAAAAUGAUGUCCUACAGAAAGCUUCGACGAGCCACAGUGCCAUGCUCUUAGACUUUCUUUAUCCAGCAGGCACCAUUAACUUCCUUCGCCUGUACUCGGGCUGGGGUGUAGAUAGGCAGGAUGGAAGAUGGGGAAGAGGUGGGCUGGGGAAGCUUGGAUAUCGCCAGUAUACUUCGUUUGCCAAGGAUACCUCGAGCACGGAACAAACGACAAAGGAAGAAGUGGUGCAGGAUCAAGAACCGGAUACAAAAGAUGGUACCCUGCAAACCCUUUAUGAAAAGAUGGGUCUCACGAAGAGCUACGAUUACGAGGAAGCAUGGCGGCAAUAUAUGCUUCUGGAUGGCGCUGACCAAUUGUUACUUCGAAAGCCCCUUAUGCAAUAUCUCUCGAAGUCGGAUAGAGUCGUCGAUGCUGAAAGAAUAACGGAACUAUUCGAAAUGGUAAAGGAACGACGUCGGGCCCCGGUAGUUUAUCAGGUCACGAUCCGGGCUCACUUGAAGUUACGGAACCUCGCGGACGCAAUGGAAUUGCACAAGGCGGCCUUUGAAGCCCUCAAAACACCAGCGGGAUCUGCAGAACUUUUGGCGCAUUUUUUGCAAAACUCUUCGUGGUGGCGAGCGUUUUCUCUUUGGACUGAAUUUCAGGCGAGAGACGGGGAAUGUCAUUUUGGGCAAUACGACCUUUUUGAACUUGUGGUCAAUAUGCCUAACCUGGGAUAUCAAGCAAUUGAGUUGGCCGAAUACGUGAGCAGAAGAAUUCGAAAUACUUCUCCCGACUCCACGGAGGACAAUUCCAAGCUUGUGGAAUUUGCAUCUACGAUAAUUCGCAGAACUCUGAACACUCUCGGCGCUUUUAGCCCCUCUAGCUUUUCUACCCUCCUGGACUUUCUUCGUCUUUGGCAAGUCGAUGAGCCUCUGGUGUACGAGGAGGCCAUAGAAACCCUCCUGUCCCUGAAUCAAACCAAAAUGGUUGUCAAAUGCUAUCGGCUCGCACGCCAAGGCAGAGGGGCUAGUCUGUCAAAACCAAUUUUGCACAAAGUACUGAAGGUACUCUGCGAUCACCACAGCAUCCUCGGCAUGCAGCAAGUCCUCGAUGACUUCUUCAAAUUCCACUCGCGGCCGACUACAUGGGCAUAUAAGUUGUGCAUGAGAGAGUUCGCCUCGCAAGGUGAUGCAACGACUGUCCACGCCUUGUUCGAGCAGUUUAUCAGCCGCAGGGAGCAAACGCCUGGUCGACCUGUGGAGGGGCGUAACUCGUCCUUACAAUCGUCUCUACACAGCGCCGAUGAGAUUGCUCCACUGCUCCACGUACACGCGAAGCGAGGCGAAGUAUCCAAAGUCGUAUCCAUCUUCAACCAGAUUGAGGGAAUGUACAACCUGCAACCAACAAUCAUGUGCUGGAACAUUCUUCUCAACGCCUACGGGAAGGUUCAAGACACCAGCAGUGCGUACGAAUGUUUUGAGAAACUCUUAGAAAGUCCAAACACCCGUCCGGAUGACUAUACCUUUGGGACCAUGAUGGGUAUCUGCGCGUCCAGGGGUGAUCUCGAACGAACAAUUGAGCUCUAUAUGCUCGCUGAGGAAUUGAAAAUUGAGAAAAGCGAGGCGAUGAUUGAUUCACUUGUAUCAGCGUACAUAUCAGAAGGAGACCUUCAAAAAGCUGAGCAGCUUUGCGAAGAUGCUGUAAAUCUGGACCUCAAGGGUUCUCGAACACGAACACGAAUGUGGAACUAUCUUAUCGUUGCCUAUGCCGUUCGCCGAGAUCUGACCAAUGUAAAUCGGGUACUUCAGCGUAUGGCCGAGGCGGACAUCAACUACGACGAGUAUACUUAUUCGGCAUUAAUGCAGGCACUGUGCAUGGUGAAGCAACCUAACAAGGCCUAUGAUAUUUUGAGAGAGGUCAUGGUAGAGGCUGGAGUACAGGCGACCGCCUUCCACUAUGCUGUUAUCAUGGGAGGGUUUCUCACAACUGGAGAAAGUCGCAAGGUCUUCGCGGUUCAAAAUCGAAUGAGGCGGCGGAAUAUUAGGGCAACUGCCAGCUCGAAGCUCAUGUCUUUCAAAGCUCAGAUUGCUGAAGAUCAAGCAUUGCUCGAUGAAGGAUCUGAGGUGGAGAUAUUCCAAAGGGCGAAACAAAUGUUCCAGGAGGUUAUUGCUUCUGUCGAUCCCCAAGAUGUAUCCCAAGGGCCAAGGAAGGGUCAUGGCCGCCUCGCAAUCGAUGUUGCUCCCACGUCGACCUUCUACAGCUACAUCAUGUAUGUUCUCGGCCAACACGAGGAGUUCGAGACUGUCAACAAACUAUUCGAAGAAUUCAAACGAACGGUACCCGAGUCUAAACGGGACAGUCCUCCCAUUCGUGUGUUAUCAGCCUUGAUGUCUGCCAAACUUCAAGGGAGGAACUUCGAGGCCGUUGAAGAAUGUUGGAAUCUUAUUCUCGACCAAGCAAUGAAGGAAGGACGGACUCGUCCACUUCCUGCUAAGAUCCUGGGGAAUGCGUUACCCGAGUCCGACAGGAGUCGCCUUUCGAUGAAUGUUGCACAAAAUGAUCAAACUGAGAAGGUGAUUCCAGCCCACCAUCUUGAGUUGGCAGAUUCCUUAGUGGUCUACUUACGGUCUUUGGCCAUCCAAAACAAGAUACAACGUAUGACAGAAACGGUCAGAGACGUCUUGGACCGCGGCUUCGUUCUAGAUGCCCAUACAUGGAACAAAUAUGUCCAAUUCCUGGCCCGCAGGCACGAAUACGACCUCGCGUUUAGAAUCUGCGAAGAGAAGUUGAUGCCCGGCUGGACCGGCUGGGCAAGAAUUCGAUGGCAGCUUCCCGUUCGAAAUCGUCUUCCGAUCGAACUUCGCCGAUCCAGACAGUGGCCAACACAUCUAAGACCGAUGUAUUAUACAAUGCUUUACCUGGCAAGAGAGUAUAUUGAGCUACAGGACUCGGCUGCUGAGUCGCCAGCUCGUGAGUAUGCCCUGUUGGAUUUGGAGCGUGACUUCCCGAAGACUAUCGAUGCAAUCAAGACAAUGCCACGAAGCGACGAUGAGGAGGAGCGACACAUUCUUAGGGGACGGACAUAAUGGCGAGUUAUAUGAUAGAAAGUGUAUAGAAUCAAUCCAUGUACAUAAAUGUAAUUAUUAUGUAUUCUCGCAACACCACUUCAAAUAGAAGUACAAUAAAUAGUCGUUUAAGUCUUAAAGUCAUAAAUUCCAAAUAAUUUCCCACGAUCAACGCGUGCUUUGAAUUCAACCCAGGCCACCGCCAGCAGGCCUCAUCCUCUGACUUGUGAUCCCCAACUUCGCCCCAGCACUCCCCAACGCAAACAUAGC